UACAAGCCAGGUGUGUGUGUGUGUGUGAGCAUUUUUGGGGCUGGCUGCAGAAGAGAGGAGUGUGUCAGUCCCCAUGCCAUAGGAACAUAGGGCUGGAGAUCUCCUUUAAGACAUGCUGCUGCUGCUGACAUCACUGGAAGUCUUCUCAGAUUCCUCUGCCCUGCGCUGCACUUUGUAGAAUCAGGUGCUUAUAGGCUUGAGCUGACUUGUUCCUGGGUGUCUGUGAAACUUUUUGUUUACUAAGAAGCCUGGAAGUCAUGGCUUAAAGUUCCACUAAGGACGGUGUACGCUGGACUCUCUUAGCCAGGACUGAUCCAGAACUGACCAUGGACAUCAACCCCUCAGAUAUGUCCAGCUACCCGCUGGUAGGUGGCGUCAUUCAAACUGAUAUAAAGUCGGACAGACCGAGGGUGAUUUCCAAAAAUGGCCACAGCAAUGUAAAGAUUGAUAAAGUUGAUGGAGUGUUUUUUCUGUACCUCCAAGACUUAUGGACCACUGUGAUUGACAUGAAGUGGCGGUAUAAACUCACUUUGUUUGCCGCAACUUUUUUCCUGACAUGGUGUUUCUUUGGACUCAUUUAUUUCGUCAUAGCCUUCGUCCAUGGAGAUGUACGUAGAGACCCAACUUCCAACCACACUCCUUGUGUAAUGAACGUUGACUCCUUCACUGGUGCCUUUCUGUUCUCUCUAGAGUCACAGACCACAAUCGGCUACGGGUUCCGCUUCAUUACCGAGGAAUGCCCGAUGGCUAUCAUUUUACUGGUGGUACAGUUAGUUCUUACAACUCUGAUUGAAAUUUUCAUCACGGGUACUUUCCUUGCCAAAAUUGCCAGACCUAAAAAACGUGCAGAGACUAUAAAAUUUAGCAAUAAAGCCGUCAUUACAAAACAUAAUGGAAAUAUGUGCUUGGUGGUCCAGGUGGCAAACAUGAGGAAGAGUCUUUUAAUACAAUGUCAACUCUACGGGAAGCUUCUUCAUGCAUACGAAACCAAGGAAGGGGAGAAGAUCCUGCUCAAGCAGGCCAACAUGAGUUUCCAUGUGGACUCUUCUUCUGAAAGUCCCUUUUUAAUCUUGCCAUUAACUUUCUACCACGUUCUCGAUGAAAAUAGUCCACUAAGAGAUCUCACACCCGAAAACAUAAAGUCAAAAGAAUUUGAACUUGUUGUUCUUCUCAACGCCACGGUGGAGUCGACCAGCACGGUCUGUCAGAGUCGAACAUCUUAUCUUCCAGAUGAGAUCUACUGGGGUUACGAGUUUGUUCCCGUUGUUUCUUUGUCUCCUCAAGGGAAAUACGUGGCUGAUUUCAGUAACUUUGAUCAAAUCAGAAAGAGCGUGGAGAUCCCAAAAAUAUACUUAACAAAUUUCGAGAAGCAGAGGUUGGAGGAGGAGUUAAGGCUGCAAGAACAGAAGGAGAGACACCAUUUUUCGGUGAUGUCCGUACAAAGCGAUGUUUGACAUAUCUAUGUCAUGGAUUGGACGUCCAGACUGGUGACCCAUUGGGGGAUUAUUUUUAAUUCUUUUUGAAUUUUUAAUUGAGCCUUUUGCACGUGGCUAUAAGAAGGAUCUGAAGAACUUUGAACCUAUAGAAAUGCAAUGGUAUAUAGAGUUAUGUUUUCUCAUGGAUUCUAUAUGGGAUAAACUGCGGCAUGUACCAUAACAUGUCAUAUUAUAGAAGUUUUUUUUUCUUUCUCAGAAUUAGCAUACUGUGCAUGAUACAAGACAUGGAGUGCCUAUGACUCUAUAAUACAGAACUAUAAAGAUUCUUCAUGCCACCAUCAACGAUUUGGGGUCUGUGCACAGAUUCCAUUUGCACACUUAAAGGAGUACUCUGCCCCUUGACAUCUUAUCCCCUAUCCAAAGAAUAGGAUCUCAACUGCGGCACCGCAGACAUCCAAUGCAUGGAGCGUACUUCGCUCCGUGCCGGAUGACUGGCGAUGCAUGGGC